UGGCAGAAGUAUAUAGCCACGUUGCCAUUUGACACGUUUAAUCGUCUAACUUCAUGUUAAUAAAUAUCAAACGUUCAACGUCAAAUAUCUGAUUAUUUAAAGAAAACCGAUAUACAGCAAUGUAAAUUAAAAAAAUGACUACGGAUAAUAAAAAUAGCUUAGGGGAGUUGGCAAUUGAAGCUUCAGAAAUAGUGAGUAGGUUAGAACAAGCCGCCGAAGGAGUUCCAAUACCAGAAAAUGUCCAUAAUCAUUCUACUGUAUUCUUAGGAUUAGAAAAGAAACAUACUGACGAAAUUAUAAAAACUAUCCAUGGGUUGAUUAGUACAGAUGAUGAGGGUGAACCCCUCAACUUUCCUUCUUUGGAUAGUGUUACUAAGUUGGUAAUGGUAACGCACAGUUUGGCAGUCUAUUGUGGAGGUCUAGAAAGGCCUAUUUUGCAGAAGUUAAGCACAAGAUUUACUACUGAUACUACUAGAUGGAUAACUCAGUUAUUUGGGUUUUUAGAUUGUUCGGCUUUUUACCAUGAAGAUCAUUUAGAGGGAUUAGUACGAGUUACCCGCAUGAUGCUGCACUGCAAAUAUCCCCGAUAUCUAGAGGACGGAGCUUUAACAUUGAAUAAUUCACUGCCGACUGUUUAUAGUAGCGUAGCCAGUCCACUUGGUACUGUACAGCAUCUUUGCAGACAGUUAGGACUACCGUUAGCAUGCGUUAGGCCUGUACCGGUCAAUACAUACUUUGGUUCCCAGUACACUAUGGACGUUUCGGCGCUACAAAAAAUGCUUGCCGACGAUGUAGCUACCGGUCGAAUGCCUCUCAUAGUUAUUGCAGACGCGGGCACGCCUGUAACGGGCCAUAUAGAUAAUAUUUCUAGGAUUAGGGAGCUUUGUAAAGUGCAUGGGACUUGGCUACAUGUCCGAGGACACAGUGUAGCUGCUUUGGCUUUGCCGAAUUAUAAUCAGCGUAAUGGAACGGUUCCUCCAAUAGCUGACAGCUUGACUUUAACUUUAGGAAGUUGGUUGGGAAUUCCAGGACUGCCUAUGAUUACCCUUUAUAGGUUAUGGGGCACUACCAACCCUAAUCGCAAUAAACAAGUAGGAGUAAGUAGAGAGAGUACGCUACCAGUUUUAGCAGGACUGAAUACUGAUCACCAAAGUAGAAGGAUAUUGUCAUUACCUCUAUGGACGGGAUUGCAGAAAUUGGGAACGGAAGGUGUGCAUUCCAGGAUCAAAGAAGAUUUCCUGGCUAGUGAAAGGCUGUGGUCCGCAUUGGACGUUUUUAGACAAGUUAGAAUGUUGAGUCCUAAACCAGGAGGAGAGAGUGGUACUUACACCGUAGCUGAACUGGUUUCAAAGCCAUCCAGUAUACCUCUUUUGAUGGAAUCGACAGCUUGUUCAGUAGUUUUCCAAUUUGUUCCCGAAACAUCCGAUAAUAGCGAAUACACUGCAAAGGUACCUCCCUACUACGACAAACUCAACUCUUGGCUUGGACAAAUCUUGCAAAUAGACGCUCCCCAAGUGCCAAUCGACAUUUGCGAAUUAGAAAAUAUCGGAGUGGUCCUUCGGUUCUGUCCAUUCGAAAACGUUUGUGGCCAGCAGCCAAAUCUAGAAGAAAUGCAAGCUUUUAUAGUGUGUUUAGAGCAACAGUUGGUUAUUUUGAAGGCAACAGUCCACCAUAGGGAGAGCUUCGUAAAGUUGGUGGAAGUUUCUCCGGUGCUAAAAAUUGUUGAUCUACCAGAUUGGGCAGGUCUAGGAGGAGUACGGUAUUGUCCAGAGGGAUGGGAGCAAAUAUUGACUGAUCAAGCUAAAGAAGAACUUAAUCAUCUUAACAUGGUUCUGGUUGAUACUCUUCGAUCUACGGAUGCAGCUUUUUCACUGGGAGAAGGAGAUAAUGGUUUGAUGUGUGUACGGUUCGGAAUGUUGACCCCAGAAUCUGAUGUCGAAAAAUUGUUAGAUCUAGUUGUAAAAGUGGGACAAUCUGUAGAAGAGAAUUCUAGAGUACUUGAUUCGAUGAGUGAAAUUGUCAAAAAGGGUAUCGAAACGGCAACUCUCGAUCUCCAAAAAGAAAAUGAAGAACGGUUGUGGCAGGAAGGAAUCGUACGACACAUCCCGAUCGUAGGGACUUUCGUCAACUGGUGGUCUCCGAAAACCAAAGACGCCGGAGGAAUUCGUGGUCGCAGCCUUAACCUUACACAAGGCGUUGUGGAAUCGACAGAAAAUAUCUACAAGUACCACAUGCAGAUGGGGCAAGGUAUAGCUCCAGGAGGAAUUACACCUCCCACUCCACAGAUACAGACGCCUAUUGGAGGAAGCCAUUCUAGAUCUAGCAGCCAUGCUUCUGCUUCGAGUCAACAGUCUGCUGUUAAGUUGGAAAGUUCUGUCAAAUUGGAUAGCUCUGUCAAAUUGGACAGCUCUGUCAAAUUGGAUAGUUCUGUCAAAGUAGAUAGUUCUGUCAAAUUAGAUAAUCCUGUCAAAUUAGAUACUUCUGUUAAUGUCAAACCGGACAUCGUAAAAUCUGAUGGAGUUGUUAAAUUGGAUAGUGACUUUUCUAAGUUAAAUUUGGAAAAUAGCUUGAAUAAAGUCAAUAGUCAAAAUAAGGAAGUUGUAGAAAUUAAAGAGAAUAAUAUUUAAUUAGGUAGUAGAUUUAGAACUUUUUGAUAAAAGUUGUUCGUGAAUAGUUUGUUGAAACAGUUAAGCAUAUUUUAUUUUUAUCAGUAUUACGCAAGCAAAAAGUGAUUUCUGUUUUGGGUUGACAGUAAUUAAUUUUUCUCUUGUUUGUUUAAAAUGUUUCAAACUGUGUCAUUUGUGAAUUGGGUAUUUUUAUCUUUUAUAAGUAUACAAUGAAGAUGCUGAUAUGUGAAAAUUUCAAGCUAAGAUGCCUUGCUAUUUAAUGUAUGCUUACGAUGUAAAAGUACAGAUGUAUACUGAGGAGUUCAGGUUAUCCCGCAACAUCAAUACAAUGAAAAUCAUGACAAAAAAUACUAUCAUUAAUUAUCUGGAGCAUAGAGCUUCAUAGUCCUGUCGCCAGUAGGGGUACAACGGCCUCCUUAAUACAGAUGGACUUACCUAAGUUUUCUUUAUGUAUUUUGACCAGUAUAACACGAAUUUUUUGGGUAACAGUCGAUCCGGAUGUCGAUAAGAUUGUUAUAAACAAAGAACUUGAGGAAUCACAUAACAGCGAUUUUUCGCAAAACAAAACAUUUUUUUGUAUUUUUUGGGUCAUUCUAAACAAAAAAUGUUUUUACAAGUUUUUUCGUAGGAUGCAUAGUUUUCAAGAUAAACGCGGUUGAACUUUAAAAAAAAUCGAAAAAUUGCAAUUUUUGAACCCGAAUAACUUUUGAUUGAAAAAUAAAAUAGCAAUUCUGCUUACCGCAUUUGAAAGUUCAAGUCAAAUUCUAUCGGUUUUGAUGAUUUUCAUUGCUAAAAAUUAAUUUUUUUAUUGUUAAACAAAGCUAUAAACACAUAGUGAUUGAAUGAUGUUUUCAAUGCAUUUCUAAUUUGAAAUCGAACGAGUAGGCGCGCAUACAGAAUUUCUACGUAUAUUACGUACAUUAAAACCAAACGGGAAACACUAUGUCUUUAUAGCUUUGUUUAACAAAUAAAAACUUAAUUUUUAGCAAUGCAAAUAAUCAAAACCGAUAUAAUGAACUUGAACUUUCAAAUGCAGUAAGCAGAAUUGCUAUUUUAUUUUUUAAUCAAAAGUUAUUCGGGUUCAAAAAUUGCACUUUUUCGAUUUUUUGAAAGUUCAGCCAUGCAUCCUACGAAAAAACUUGUAAGACCAUUUUUUGCUGAGAAUCACCCAAAAAAUACAAAAAAAAUGUUUUGUUUUGCGAACAAUCAGUGUUAUGUAACUCCUCAAGUUCUUUGUUUAUAACAAUCUUAUCGACAUCCGGAUCAACUGUUACCCAAAAAAUUCGUGUUCUACGGGUCAAAAUACAUAAAAAAAACUUGGGUAAGUCCAUCUGAAUUAAGGAGGUCGUUGUACCCCCCCCCCCUGGCGACAGGACUAUCAGUGAAAACGCACCAUCAAGUUCUGUUUUGCGCAAGUCUUCUCCUCAUUCCAAGACCUGGACUUGAUUUCAUUUUCUACCCUCUUUUGACACAUUUUGUGGCUUAUUGAUUGAAACUAAUUUAAAAGUUGGAACCUGGAGUUUCAAAUGCAGAAAAUGAUUACUGUGAACAAUAGUAGAAAUGAUCUCCCUAUCACUGUAUUGGGCAAGAAUUACAAGUUCAUUGUUGGUUUUACAAAAGGAUUGUAGAGACAUCGUGAAUGGGUGAAGUGACAAAUUAAUAUAGACGUCUUAAAUAAACAGGAAAAUACGGAGAAAUUGGUUAAUGUGUAGAGAAGACCUAGGGUACAUUAUAUGUAUGGUAAGGGGUGACAGUAUUUUGUGUGAAUAAAGUAUUCGAUGAAAGCAAAUAUAAUGGUUACGAAAAAUUAUCACUUACAGUGUCCUGGGUUAUAGCGCAAGGCAAGAUCAAGUGUUUUUACUUUGACUUUGAUAAAGAAAUCAAAACUCUUAUAUCUAGGGCAAAAACGUUAGGGGUAUAUUAUUCUUUGGAAAUAAAAUAUUUAAAAAAAUGUAAAUAUGUAUUAUUAUUGUGAAAAUUAUCACUUAGUGUCGAUGAUGGAGAUGCCAGUAAAUGUUUUAAAGAAAAUGAUGGAUUUUAAUGUAACAUUAAAAUAUGAAAAUUGUUGAUUAAGGUUGAUCUGAACCCCCCCAAAAAAAAAUUUGAAGUUCAAAAAUUUUGAAAAAAUUUGAGAAGGUGUAUGUGAUUACUAGAAGUAUUUUGACAAAUUUUGAGCGAACUUCAUGUUUUCGUUUUCGAAAAAACUCAAAAAUACUCUUUUUUUACAAGUAUAAAGCGGGAAAACCAAACAUACAAUUUUGUUAAUUUUCUUACAGCAUAAAGAUAUAAUCCUAAGAAAUACUUAUGAAUUUUUUGAAAAUUUUUGAUCUUACAGUUUUGCCAUAAUAGGAAAAAAUAAUAUGUUUUGGCUUAUAAUAAAGCUACCGGCAAGAAAUCGGACAAAAUUUUAAUAACAACAUAUAUAAAACUGUAAGAGUGGAAAAUAUUUGCAAUAAAAUGUUGAAUAUUUUUUUCUAAACAUAUGAAAAAUCUCGUUAAACAAGAAUUAUAUCUUGAAUUGCCGCUGUGAAUUUGUGCAGCCAUGAAGUGACUCCAUCUACAACAUCGGUAAUAUUUAUGCUCGAUAGAUAGCAGUACCUUCUGCUAGAAUCGCGUCAAACAGAACUUUAUCCUAGCAGCGUUGCCAUAUCAAUUACUUUGUACAACAAAACGUGUUAUUGUAUUAUAGUUAGUAGGUAAUAUAAUACAGAUAUAUAUACUACUAUAACGUCUAUUUAUAACGCAUCAACGUGACCUUCUGAAAUUAAUUUAACUACUUUUCUUGAAAUAUUGUCAGUCCCCUUGGCCGUAUUAGAUUUUGAUAUAUUUAGGGCCGGUACUUUUUGUCUCGAUUAAACCCGAGUUGGCUUUUUAAUGUUUUUAAGUAACAUAAAGUUGUCUUUUUUAUUUGUAUUUUUUCAUGUAUCUCUGAAGCUUUGUAUUUGACUAUAUUUUGAAUUGGAGCAUAAAUAGUCUACUUUUGUCAAAUAGUUUUUCUAAUAACUACCAUCCAUGGUGUUUCUCUUUUGUCGCACUUAUGUUUAUUAAAGAUUUUAAUUGAAAUCAUUAUUUUAUCUUUAAAAUUUUCAUUGUUCAUUACUUUUUGCAUUUGUGGUGAGCUAAAUUUAAAGGAAACCAAUUGGACGAUAUUUAAAUAGAUAUGGAGUAAGAGUACCUAAAUAAAUAACCACUUUUGAAAUUAAUUCAGGAUAGGUUAAAAAAUAUUUUCACCGUCAUAUUAAAAAUAAAAAAAGGAUCAAUAUAAAAGAAAUAAUAACAAUCAAUUUUAAAAAUCUUACAUCUAUAUUGAUUUCUUCUAUGUACAAAAACAACAGAAAUAAAUAAAUAUUAGCGAAGACAAAAGAAAAAAUGUGUUGACACUUAAUAAUAUGUUAAAUAAACGUAUUGAUUAGUCUGAUGCAAGUAGAACUAGAACUGUUAUAUGGAGCUAAUCUGGAUCGGUAUAAAUUAGAUGAGAAAGAAAAAAAUCUAAUAAACAGUUUCUUUGAGAGAAGAAAGAGAAAGAGUAUAGCAUAUUAGAAAAUGAAAACGGCGCGGCAGAAUAAUCAUCGAUAAAGGAGUAAAAAAGGAAACGCGAUAACGAUAUCUGGAACAAUUGUUUUAUCUGAUAAGACACGAAGAAAAUCCAGAAAUUGCUAUCAACACUGUUUCUUUUAGCUGUAACCUUUCUGAUGUUUUUGUGUCCAGCAUGCCUACUACGAUACGGUCUCGGAUCAAUUCCUCCUUCAGUUGCCCAUAAUUACAAUGUUCUGCUAAGGUAUGUAGGCUAGUAAUAAAUAAGUCAAUGGUUUCACCUGGUUUUUGUACUGUAGAAUUGAAUUUGAAACGUUCAUAUAUAAUAUUACGUCUAGGGAUAAAAUAUUUGUCAAAAACAUUUAGAACUUCCUCGUAAGUAUCUGGAAUUUUUUGAAAUUGUAUCAAAAUAUCUUCGGAUUCUUCUCCCAUAAGGUACACUAGGAUAUCUAUUUUUUGUUUUUCUGUCUUUUGGAGCUGCCCUGAUACCGACAUGUAGCGUUCCAGCCUCUUCCUCCAUGCAGGCCAAAUUGCUGGGGCCAAAAAAUUGAAUUUAUCCGGAGGGUUAACAUUCAAUGGUGCUGGACUUACCAUACCUUGAGUAUUUGCAUCAGGAGUAGUAUUAGUAGACAUUUUCAGUGUUAUUUUAUGUCGGGUAUGAUUUCAACCACAAUUGACCACAAUGCAGAAUAUUUUCUUGCCCCUUAACGUUGCUUUGCUACUCUUGGCAUGUGCUAGUGGUUAAUGGGUAAUAUAGUUUUAUACUUAAAAUAUACGUGCUGCACUCAACACCGCUGCCACCAUGUUUAGUUGGGUUCUUUAAUAAUGACUAUUAAGUACUCUUGAUUAAGAUAUCUUUAUUUAGUUUGAUCAUCUUACAUCGCUUGUCCCGGUACCGGUUCCCCGGAUCAGACCUAACCUAACUUAAUCCUAAUCCUUGUUCACCUAUAUGACAUCUAUAUAGGCAACCAAAGAUACACUAACAGAACAAAAACAAAAAAUAUAGUAAAGCAAUGUGGAUUGUUUGUGUGCUUGGAAAAAGGUUAUCGGUAUUCAGCCCGAGAAUAUACACCUCUAGAGACAGCCAAAUCCAUAAAAACAUGUAGCUUGUUAAGUGAAUGUCCCUAAAGAAAACAAUAACUUCUUCUUUAGCCUGUUUGCAUCCACUCCUGGACAAAGGCCUCCCAUGAGUUUUCCACUCUUCUCUGUUUUGUGCUCUUUGGUACCAGUUUCUCCCCACUUUUGCUUUGAAGUCAUCUAACCAUCGUUUUUGUGGUCUUCCUCUGCUACUACUAUGCUCGCGUGGUCUCCAAUGUACAAUGUUCUCGUCCACCUUUCGUUGUUUUGCCGUGCCACGUGUCCUAUCCAGUUCCAUUUCAUUUGCGCAAUUCUUCCAGUUACAUAUUCCACCUUCGUCCUGUUUCAUACGUCCCAUUUCAAAUAUGUUCUCUCAGAGAUACUCCUAACAUAGCUCGUUCGAUGGCCCUCUGUGUUCUUAAUCUAUUGGCUGAUAACCCUGUAAGUGUCACGGUAUCCACUCCAUCAGUCAUAACUGGUAGAAUACAACUGUUGAAUACCCUUUUUUCUAGGUUUAUUGGUAUCUUUUUGUUUUUCAACACAUCACUGAGUCUUGCAACUGCUGCCCAAGUAAUUCGGAUUCUUCUAGUUAUCUCUGCCGUUUGAUUCUGUUUGCCUAGCUUGAUCGUGUGACUCUUCGACACUUUCGAUCUGACUUCCAUCUAAGUCGAUUCUGAUAUUUUGAUUUGUCAUCACUUUUGUUUUACUUAAAUUUAUUUUUAAACCGCUUUUCUUCUCAGAUUCCUGUUUAAGCAUCUUUAGUAUGUAGAUUAGUUCUUCUGUAUUGUUGCUUAUGAGCACUAUGUCAUCGGCAAAUCUUAGAUGACUUAAAAAUUUAAGUGACAAUUUAACUUUUUCUUCUAAGACAUAAGGCAUCUUCUAAUUCAAUAGUAAAUAAUUCUAUAUUCUAUAUCUGGAAUCAAUCCUUGCGUUAUUCAUUCCGUCUAAUACGGCCCAGAGUUCUAUGGAAUCGAAUGCCCUAUUGUAAUCAACAAAUGCUGAAUGAAGAGGGUUAUUGUAUUCGUUACACUUUUCGAGAAAUGUCCUUAUUGUCUGUAGGAGUAGGUGUUCUACGGUACUAUAACCUUUGCGAUAUCCCGCUUGUUCAACAGGCUGGUAACUAUCGAAUUUAUCUGAUAGUCUGUUGGUCAUUAUUGUGGUAAGCAGUUUGUACGGAUGUGGUAACAGACUUAUUGGUCUGUAAUUUUCGAGUUUGUGUUUGCCUCCUUUAUUUUGUAGUAGAAGUAGCUGCGCAUUUUGCCAAGUGGUUGGAAUAGCAAUAUCAAAGAGGCACUUCUUCAUUAGGAUUUUAACUGCUUCCAAGGUAGUUUGACCUCCAUCUCUAAUCAUCUCUUUUGUUAUUCCGUCGUCUCUAUAUUUUCCAUUUUUCAUUUGAUUUAAGGCAUUUAUAACUUCCUCGUUAGUAAUAAACCAUACCAUAAUAAUAACUUUAGUAAUAAACUAUACCAUUUAUACUACAGCCAACGAUCAAAUGUGUAAUUUGGAGAAGUGUCAGAACAAAUGGAGAAAAGGAGAGGGGCCAGGCAAGGUUACAUACUGUCGCCGUUAUUGUUUAGUUCUUAUUCUGAAGAAAUCACACAAGAAGCUUUGGUAAACGAGACAGUCGGCAUAAAAGUAAAUGGAAAUUUAAUUAAUAACAUUAGGUAUACCGACGAUACAGUCAUAAUAUCAGACAACUUGGAAGACUUAGAAAGAAUAAUGAACAAAAUAUUAAGAUAUAUGUAAUGGAGAAUACGGACUCUCCCUUAACCUCAAAAAACCAAAAUUUAUGAAAAAUAGUAAGAACAACAAUAUAAAUGAAAUAUUAACGGUAGGCGGCCAGCAGUCUGAGAGAGUAAAAAAAUAUACUUACUUGGGAACGAUAAUCACAGAAAAUAACGAUUAGACUGCAGAAAUAAGAGAGAGAAUUGAAAAAGCACGUGCCAACUUCGUGAAAAUGAAAAAGAUUUUAUGCAGCAAAGAUCUGAUAUUGGCCCUCAAAAUAAGGCUAAUUAAAUGUUAUGUACACAGUGUGCUUUACUAUGGAACUGAAUCAUGGACAUUAAAUCGAAAUGCAAUAAAUCGACGGUUCUCUUAGCAAGACAGAGACGAACUAGUUUUGGUGUUAGUGAAAUAGUUUUCAGUAUCUUUUCUGUUAAGUCAUUUUUAAUAUCUUUAUUAUAACCUUUUUUGUCUUAUUCUGAGGUAUCUCAUGAAACUGAUUACGCAAAAAGAUCUCAUGGGAAUAUUUUUCUCAAGAAACGCGAGGUUUUCGCCUUGCUUAAACAUAUUUUGCGGAAUUUAAAAUCAAAAUCCUGUUAUUACAUCUACAGAUGCAUAUAAAAUAUGAUACAUCCAUGGCCGUCGUCCACAUGUUUACAAAAAACAUAUUGUUUCCAUAAUCUAUAAGCGCUAAAACAAAUUUAGCAAUUUCCCUAUUCUACUUUGCAAAAUUCAUAUAGUAUCACAACACUUGAUUAUACAUUUGAGGCAUUCGCACUGUCCGUCAACGUGUUAAAAGGUUUAUGUGUAUAAACAAAAUUUGUGCAAUGUAAUACACUUUUAGAUGAUUUGUCGACAGUGAAUGGAAGAGGUCGUAAAAUUUUAUUACCAUCUUUCAGUGUCAGUGUGAGAUAAGAUGAAUUCCUUACUAACUGGAAUAUUUAGUUACGGAGAAACAUAAUAUGUAAUUAGUCUAUGUUGUGAGGCCGCUCCCGUCUAAAAAAAUUCUGAUUUGGUUUCUUUGCGGAUUCCUAUUCAAAAAUGUCCCCUUUAAAUAAAUCAGAAGAGUGCCAGCGAAAUUUUUGGGCAAAAAUUGUUAAAAAAAAUGUUUCUAAACAAAUUCACAAGAUUACCAUUUUUUGUCCAGGAAAAUAUUUUUUCUUGUUUUUUUGGUCAUUCUAAGCAAGAAAAAUAUCUUGUCAUUUUUUUCAAAAGUUGAUAAUUUUCGAGUUAGAGGUGAACUAAAAUAUGAAAAAUGCGAAGAUAGACAUUUUCGAGGCGUAAAAACUCAUAUUUAAAUUAUUGUAUUUAAGGUUGGCAAGUCCUUAAAGUGAAGUUUAAACAUUCAUUUUUGAAAUUCUGAGUAGUAAUCGGGUCUAACUUCAAUUUAGACCGUUGUUUUUUAAUUGUUAAUUAUGCGCGUCGAUCCGAUUUUAAUGCCAAUGCAGCAGGGUCUAUUUCAACAAUCUCCUAUUUUGCACUGUAACUCUUUAGGUUUUUUGGCUUCUUCUAAACAAAAAAGAUAUCUUCUCAUUUUCUGAGAAGUUAACAGUUUUCGAGUUACAAGGGAUUUAAAAUCUGAAGAUUGCGAGAAUACACGUCGCUUGCUGAGAACAUUAGUGACGUAACUUCAAAAACGUAGUUUGUAGCGCCUUAACUGUAUCAUGUAUGGAUAUUGCACGUAGAAUAUAAUAUGUUUUAAUGUAAUACCGCCACAUGUUGCGAGUGCUAGGGGUAUUUUACAGAAACGUUUGCACAAUAUUCCGAAGUAUGGGAGAGUUGUAGAAGGAAGUAAUAGGACAAACAAUUUAUGUUUUUAUUUAACUAUAAACAAAUUAAGGAGAAGAGCAUGCAAAAUAUUUUUAUUAAUACCCUUAAUAUUGGAGAUCGAUUUAUUCGAACAAGUUGGGCUAAGUCAAAAGAGUAUAACAUCGUUCAGAAAGAUAAUAGAGGAAAUCAUCAAAACGCACAACUAUAAACGAGAAACUUAAGGAAACCGUAAGAAAACACAUAAAUAGCUUUGAGCGCGUAGAGUCUCACUAUUUAAGAGCUCAAACUCGUAGAGAAUUCCUUGAUGGAUCAUUAACCUUAGCUUAGAUGUAUAGAUACUACAAAGAGUAACGAGAAGAAAAGCAGUUGCCAUCUGUCAAAAGAUGUACAUAUGAAACAUUUUUUAACACAGAAUGUAAUAUUUCUUUUUUUAAACCGACGAAAGAUCAUUGCGCAACUUAUGAGGUGUAUAAACAAUGCAAUCAAGAAGAAAAAUAAAAAGGCCAAGAACAAUACACACGUCACAUUCGUAGUAAAGAAAGAAGCCGAGAAGAAAAAGCAAAAAAUAUUACAAAUCCUACAUAAAAAAUAAUAAACUCAUAGUAGCUUGCUUCGAUUUGCAAGCAGUAUUACCUACACAUUGCGGAGAUAUUUCUACAUUUUUUCAUAAGUCCUGUCUCAAUUGCUUUAAUUUUACGAUUUUCGAAGUAGCAUCACAAACAGUUCCUGCUGUUUUUGGCACGAGGCCAUUGCUAUGCGAGGAGCAAAUUAAAUUGCAACAUGCCUCUCUAGCUAUCUAUCUACUUUACCUGCAGGAAAAGAUAUUAUUUUUUAUUCCGACAACUGCGUUGGCAAGAAUAAGAAUAAGGCGGUUUUGGUGGUACUUAUGUACUUAUAUGCAGUUACGCAUGCUGAAAUAAAUAACAUUACUCACAAAUUUUUUACUGUUUGUCAUACCCAAAAUGAGGGUGAUUCGAUGCAUGCAGUAAUCGAGAAAGCAAAAACACAGUUUAACUCAAUUCAUGUCAGUGGCCACCUCUAAUAAGUGCUGCAAAAAGAAAAACGGUAGGCCCUAUAAAGGGAAUGAAAUGGACGCUGAAGACUUUUUGACUCCAAGUACCUUUCAAAAAUUUUUGGGCAAAAAUUCACCAAAAAUUCGGAUAACGAGAAAGUAAUAUGGAAUAAUAUAGAAAUUCUUAAAGUAGAAAAGUGUUUUCCUACAAAAUUUUUUUACAAAGUUAACUUUGACUAUACAACCUAUAAAACUAUUGACCUUUCUACUCGUCAUUUUUCUGAUAAUAAUAAUAUUUUAGAGCAAUAUAACUCAAAACCAGCCUACGAAAAGCCUCCUACUGUAGGAGAGAAAACAAAAGAGCAUUUACUGGAAUUAUGCAAAAAAAAAUCUUAUUGCAAAUGUACAUCAAUCAUUUUAUUUCAAUUUGUUGAGUUAAUUUCACUUUGUUGUGAUUUAUAAUAUACAAUAAUUAUAAUUAUUAGAUAAAUUUAUCUAGUAAACUACCAUUUAUAACUUUGUCUGGUUUUUCAUUGUUAAUCUGUAUAAUCGUAGCAGUUAUGGUUGAUGAGUUAUUUAAAAAUAUAAUGCAAUACCGCCAUAUCUUACAAAUAUUUAUAAUGGUUAAAUAUUGCUUGUUUUUCAAAAAAGAUAUCCAUUCGUGUGCUAUUGAAUUACUAAUAUUCUAAUAUUCAAUUACUUGUCUUAAAAUAUCUAUUUUGUAGAAGAAGAAAACCGCAGUUGUAUCGGUAUUGAAUGGGAUGUGCGAUAUAUUAAGAUAAAUGAGCUUUUAAGCUUCGAAAAUGCGUAUUUUCGCAUUUUUCAGAUUUUAAAUCGCCCCUAACUCGAAAACUAUCAACUUUUGAGAAAAAUGACAAGAUACCUUUCUUUCCAAUUUCUGGCCAAAAAUUUCGCCCUCAGAUUUCCUUCCGCAAAGAAACCGAAACAUAAUUUUCUUUCAGACGGGAGCGGCCUCACAACAUGGACUAAAUGUUUCUUGCUAUUAACAUUGUUAUUAGGCGUUGAUAAAAUUACUGUUUAAACAAUUUGGCAUCAUAGCCAAUUGAGCCGAUGGGUGUAACGAUAAAAAAGUGUUCAGGUUUCUACAUAUUACUGAGUCAUCAUGUAGAAAUCUACAAUUAAGUUGAAAAUGUUACCACAAUGGCAUGCUACAGUAGAGCCAUCUCUAGGAUCAGAAACAAAUUAAUUGAGGGUUCAUAUCAACCUUAAUAAAAAUGAUUGUAAUAACAUUUUUUUUAUUUGCAUUUUCUAUACUUCUGAAACAAUUCCUGGUCCAUAUUUUGCAAGCGCAUAUUCUUCCGUAAAGUACAGACUUUACGGCAUUAAUCGCCGUGUCGAGACUCAUGACGACGCGACGAAUGGCAUUAAAGAGGGAUUAUAGUUGCAAAAAUAUUUAAAGGGCAAAAUAACUUAAUCUUGAUUUGCGCUAUAUCUUAAGAGAAUUAUUUGUUUCUGGCUGAUUGGCUCGGCCAAAGCAUUUUUCAGAAAAAAAAAUUAGUAAUAACGGGAACAACAAAGUUAAAGGAAGGGUGAUUGGUGUAAUAUUAAUAAGGAAUUGAAAAAGGAGACAAACGAACGAAGAUAGUAGAAGGGCACACGUUAAAAUUUGCAUUAUAAAAUAAAAAAAGUAUGGUGUUUAAAUACCAUGAGAAAUAAAAAUAGCAACUUAAAAAAAGAACUAAGUAUAUAAACCCUUAUUAUUUUUAUCUAAAAAUUUAAAUAAUAAUAUCCAUAUUUUCUGCGAAUACUUGUAUAUCUCCUAUUGAAGUUUUUGUGAACUAUCAGCGCAAUUUGACUGUUAAAAUGAGUGAUUUGAAUGAAGUCGUAUAAGGUCUUCUCUAUUACUUACAUGUCUUCGUAUCUAUUGAGUGAACAUGAUCAGUACACUAUAAGCUAUACAGGGUGUCCCCGAAAAUAGUGCGUUCCUUUAAGGUAUGGAUAUAAUAUACAAUUUAGAACAAAAAAGUCCCAUAACAUUUUUUUUCUAAAGUUAACCGUUUCCAAGAAAAAAAAUUACAUUGUUCUCCAUAUAAGUUAAUUUUUAUUUUCAUGAAUUUAAAUGACAUGGCAACGUGGCGUAGAAGAACUUGUUGUGACUGUUGAAAAUUUAACCUAAUGGAACCCCUUGUUUAUUUACUAUUUGAGGUGUGAUUUUUGGGGUUGUUGACAUCGGUAGGUACGUCCUGCAAAAUAAUUCUUUCUUUCUUUAAUAAUGUGGCAUUUUUGCUAUUAUCUGAAUUAAUUAAGGUUUUAUAAUUAGGGCUCGAAAUUUUACAUAAAUUCUAACUUUUACUUAAGUAACUAUGGUUUAGUUUCUAAAAUGUAAAUGCACCUAGGAAAAAUUAUUUGUACCUACGUAAUGUUUUUCUGAAAUAUAUUGAAAUAUGGAAUAAUUUUAAAUCUGGUAUUCAGAAGAUUUUACACAGGUCUGGGGCUCCGUCGUGAUUCACGUCGUGUUUGCAAAGACACUUCAAGAAGUACCGGCAAAACAUUUUACAAGAAAUUUAUAGGCCUCUCCGUUUAGUGUUCUGGGUAAUUUAUAAAAUAUUGCACACUUUACCCAUUCUGUAUCCUUUACAAAGUAAUGGAUAUAUCAGUGGCGACGCGUGACUUUUUCUGAAGUGUUACCAAAACCAGAUGCAAAAAAUCUUAUUUAAAAAAAUGAAGAUAUGGCUAAAUAUAUAAUUAUAUAUAUGUACUCACCGGCACAAAAUUCCGCCACCCAAAAUUUUUGAUUAAGUUUGACAAUCUAUAACUUUAUUAUUUGUACUUCAAUUUUAAAGAUUCUUGCACGAGUUUGUAGGUACAUGUAUUGCUGUCAAUUGCUAUUAUUCCGAUAACAAAAAUUUUUUGCUUAGAUGGCAUUACACGGGGGUGAAUAUAAGCGUUGUUUUUUCUCCUAACUUUAAAAAAUUCCGUGGAAAAAUUGGAGAGCUGAUUUUGUUUCAUACUCCUUUUGUAUUAUCCUGGAGGUAUAACUAAGGUCUUGUUUUUUGAAUUAUCUGAAUAUCUCUUUUCUUGUAAGAGCUGUAAUUAAAAACACUGCUUUGAAGGUUUAUUUAAUUAAAAAUAUCAAACGCACUAAAAUUAACAAAAUAAAACAAAUUUAACAAAUUUAAUAAAUUCAAUAGCGGUUAUGUCCACUUCUUGCAGCAACGACUGCUCGAAAUCUGUUUAGCAUCUAAUAAAGAUGUGUUUUCCUUGCCUGGGGAAUAGCCCGAUAUUCCUCCACCAGGGCCAUAACUGUACCAAGUUUUCUGGAUGCCUAGGAUGACGGCAAAUAGCUUUUUUUAUUCAUACCAUAAAUGCUCAAUAUGAUUGAGAUCUGGGCUGCAUGCGGGACAUUCUAAUCUUAUCAAUCCAACCUCAAUUGUACGAGUCAAUCAGUGUUUUUAUUUACAAAAAAUGGUACAGCUCUUACAAUAAAAAAGAUAUCCGGAUUAUUCAAAAAACAAAACGUUGGUGAUGCCUCCGGGAAAAUAUGACAGGACUAUGAAACAAAAUCAGCUAUUCCAUUUUUCCACAGAAUUAUUUAAAAUUAGGAGAAAAUUCAACGCUACUUUCACCCCUGUACAAUGACAUGCAAGCAAAAUUUUUUGUUAUCGGAAUAAUGCCAAACAAUAUGAAUACACGUACCUACAAACUGGUGUAAGAAUCUUGAAAAUCUAAGCACAAAUAAUAAAGUUAUAAAUUGUCAAACUUAAUCAAAAAUUUUGGGUGGCGGAAUUUUGUGCCGGUGAGUGUAGUUUCAAUAAUAUCAUUUUGUAUAUCACUUGAAACUCUCGAAAAAACAGAUGUUUCUAGAUGUUGACAAAAUUUUUGAUCUUUUUUGGCAAUUAAUGUUAAAAAUUCCCUGUAAUUGCCUGGAUUGUCAGAGUCGUGAAAAUGACCACGAAACGCUAGUUCUUGUUUGGCCCAAAAACAUACAGUAUCUAUUAUAAGUGUCCUAAGGAUAUACUUAACUAUUUUUUUAACAAACUUAUUAUGUUAAGCAAUAUUUGCUUUAAAAGCUUGGUUAAGAGAACUUUUGAUUUUUGUUUUGCCAAACUGAAUCAAACUGGGUAUACAUCUUACAUGUACGUAACGGAGAAAUUUCAUGUCUCCUUUUUUAAAAAUCUAACACUAUUUAAAUCGUGAACCUGGUCCACCCAUUUUUCUGUAGAAACCAGAAGACAUGGCCAACAAUACAGUAUAAUAUUUUUCUUGCAACCAUAAUAUAACCAAGGAUUUUCACUGUACCAACUAAAUUUAAAAUAUCGAACUACUUUUGUUGAUUCCUUUUUUAAAUUGAUUAAAAUAGGUCUUUCAUUUUUAAUCUCAUUUUUUUCUUUAAAAUUAUACAAGGAUAAUUACUUUUCAAGUAGUUGAUCGAUUAAGAAGCGACACUCAUCCAUGGUUAACUGCACGCACACUUUUUAUAAGUACUGUCACCAAUUCUAAAUAUGGUAACAGCGCUACUGAUACACAGCGCGCUUAUGCCGUCGCUUCUUCAAAAUUUUCAGUCACUAGCCGGUCCCGAGCGCCAGCGUGGGUAUAUAACCAUUGUAAUCAGAAAUGAGUCUGGUAACAGAGUAUAAUAAAGUGCAAAUGAGUCACAUAAACUCGCCAAUAUUUUCGUGUCUACGAGUAGUUGGCUAUUUACUGAGUUAGGUUUAUAUUACCACAUAAUAUAAUAAUAUAUUUCUAUUGGUAAAAAUAUUGGUAAAUAUAAUUAUUCAUCGUCAUAAAAUAUUUAUUUGCAAGAUUUUUAACUGUCACCAAUGGUAACAGUGGUUACAUGGACGCUUCGCCAGUGGGAUAUAUUUGUUUAAUACCCAAAAUACCUACUUAUUAAGAAAUAAGAAAUACCGGUUCUUUUGGUACAGAAUAAAACUAAAUAACCAAAUAUUCAAUGUCAAUAACAUCAAACAAACCAAAUUCUUGUGUUGUUUGAUGUGAAGGGACGACCACGGACAGGGUGAAAAAAUGUAAACACUAGACCUCUGCGGAAGGUUUGGUUGAUAUUUACAUUAUUUUACCUACCAGAUACAACUACUGACCUACAAACCUACUAUUGUGAUUGUCUUUGAAUUACACGUUGUUGCCAGACUUCAGUUUGCAUAUCAAACUGUAUUUUCGUUUUUUGGUCAAACGGCUGAAUUUAGAAAAAAAAUGUUAUAAGAGUUUUUUGCUCUACAUUGUGCCUUUUACCUAUACCUCUAAGGAACGCACUAUUUUCGGGGACACCUUGUAUAGACGGGUACUCUAUGAUCGAAAAAUCGGGGAAGGCCUGAAGGGACAGAUAUACAAGAGUGUGGUGAGGUCUGCGUUGGUGAACUGUGGCCGGUAAAGAAGAUUUAAGAAACAAAUAUGGAGGUGGCUGAAAUGAAAAUGUUACGGUGUGUGUAGGGUAAGACUGGAAGGGACAGGGUUAGGAACGACUUGAUUAGAGAAAGAGCCGGGGUGACUACAGUUAUGGCGGUCCUGGCAGGAUCGCCAUAUGGUGGUUGGGGUUAUCCCCGAUGAUGGAGUUGAUUAAGUUGAACACUAUUUACCAGACAUAUAUUUAUUUGCCAACACUAAAUAUGCCAGUAACGAGUUGGUGGACAAAGUCUAUAUUCUAACUACAUUGAUGGUUAAAUAAUGAAUGAUGAAUAGUGAACGAUCUCUGCUUUACUUUCUCUGUAUAUAUAAAUAAACCGUAAUUGUUUUGUAAUGAUUUCAUGCCUGAAUGUGACCAUGAAAUACUAAUAGUACAUAAUUGCUGACUCCGUUGUUUUUCAAAACGAGUGGUCUACAUUGCAGAAGCAAUGUCACCUAAUUUACGAAAUCAAAACAAUGCAUGUAAAUAAUAUUUGUUUCGAGACUUUUAAAAAUUUAUUCGAUAUGGAUUACUCUUAUUUUUUGAAUGCUAAUAUAAAUCCUGUACACAGUCUCCAACAAGAUUCAAGAAUAAAGAUUCCAACGGUCAGUUUGUUCACGUCAGAUUUAGAAAUGAAAACCAUGUGGGACGAAGGAUAAGUUGAGAGAGGUAGAGGAAAAUGGAGAAGAUGGAGUAACUAUGUGGUAGAGGACUUGAGAGAGAAAGGUUUAGAUGAAGACACGAUGGACAGAAAUGAGCGACGACCAAGAAUAAGAAACAGCGACUCCUGAAAUGGGAAAAGCUGAGGAAGAAGAAGAAGUUUACUAUACACGGUGUAAUUUUGUAAAAAAAGGCUGUUAUGAAUCAAAUACGUUGUAACUCUACAAAUAGGCGUUGUGUGAAUGGUUCAUUAUUGAAAUAAGGCAAGGCAACUACAAUGUAGACUUAUCACACGUAACCGGUAUCCAUCCCCUAAGGUGGACAACAAAAUCCGGGAGAACCGUAAGCGUAGUUUUUAUGAGUUCAAUCUUAUGAAAGAACCUAGAGUCAUAUUAAGUUUGGUAAUUUUACUUCACUCAUGAUGCAGUGUAACUUAUGCUCCCAAACACGCAUUCCAAAUUUCAUAUUAUUAAUCUUUAAAAUGACUUUUAUCAAAUUCUUACAUCUACAGCACGAUAUAUGCUACUAAAAUAAAGGACUAUAUUUUUCUUUUAAUUUAAAUGUCGUUCAGUAACUUUUCUGAUAAUGAGUGUAAAAAUAGUGUUAGGCCUUUAAAUGAUUUAACUCGGCUUUAUUAGAUACUGUAGGAAAUUCAAAAAAGAGAUUUCAAUAUGUGGGAUCGGUACUCACCGGAGGGACCGCAGACGUUCGGAAACAAUUAGCGUCUCUUUGCAAAGACAAUGACGUCGACUUUGCAAAGUAACAAGACACUUAGUCAACACACACACUACACAUUACUCCCCUGACUUAGUGAUAAGUUAUACAAUUACGUGGCUAAAGGUUCUAGUUCUAAACCAAAGCCAGAAUCAGAAAAAAAAAAGAUUUCAAUGUAGCACUAGUAAUAAUCCAUUGAUGCCCAUCAACUACCCUGAGACCAAUCAUCACUAAAAGCUUCGAUAAUGAAUAAUUCUAAAGCUGCUCUUCGUUAUAUAUUAUAAAAAAAUAGUGGCUAUAGACAGUUCCAGGAAUGCGUGAGCCCAAAAUUCAGAAGUUAUGAAAUUAAUGACAAUAUAUUUUUUAAAUACUUUAAUUUAUCUUUAAGAACAAACUCUGUAGGUCACAUGAGUGGAGCGAAUCCUAAAGAUGUAUUAUAAAUUUUAAAUGCAGUAGUAAUUUUUUACCUACAAACCUGUAAUUACCCAGUGUUAGUAGUAGUCCUGUCGCCAGGGGGGUACAACGGUCUCCUUUACUCAGAUGGACUUAUCCAAGUUUUUUUUUAUGUACUUUGACCCGUAGAACACGAAUUUUUUGGGCAACAGCUGAUCCGGAUGUCGAUAAGUUUGUUAUAAACAAAGAACUUGAGGAAUUACAUAACAGCGAUUUUUCGCAAAACAUAUUUUUGUAUUUGUUGGGUCAUUCUAAGCAAAAAAUGUUCUUAUAACUUUUUUCGUAGGAUGCAUAGUUUUCAAGAUAAACGCGGUUGAACUUUCAAAAAAUCGAAAAAUUGCAAUUUUUGAACCCGAAUAACUUUUGAUUAAAAAUAAAAUAGCAAUUCUGCGCUUACCGCAUUUGAAAGUUCAAGUCAACUUCUAUCGGUUUCGAUUAUUUCCAUUGCUAAAAUUUUUUUUUUAUUGUUAAACAAAGCUAUAAACACAUAGUGCUUGAGCGAUGUUUUCAAUGCAUUUCUCAUUUAAAAUCGAACUAGUAGGCGAGCCUACAAACAGGCUAUUUCUACGUAGCAUAUAACGUGCAAUAGGCUCGGGAAACACUAUUUGUUUAUAGCUUUGUUUGACAAUAAAACUUUCACACUUGGUAAGCAGAAUUACUAUUGUAUUUUUUAAUCAAAAGUUAUUCGGGUUCAAAAUCUGCAAUUUUUCAACUUCAACCGCGUUUAUCUCGAAAACUAUGCAUGACCCAAAAAAUACUAAAAAAUGUUUUGUUUUCCAAAAAAUAGCUGUUAUGUAAUGCCUCAAGUUCUUUGUUUAUAACAAACUUAUCGACAUCCGGAUCAACUGUUACCCAAAAAAUUCGUGUCCUACGGGUCAAAAUCCAUAAAAAAGCUUAGGUAAGUCCAUCUGAAUAAAGGAGGCCGUUGUAACCCCCGUGGCGACAGGACUAUAUUGUUUAUUCAACAUAAACAUUCAAAUAUGUAUAAAAAGUAAAGGGAUGAUUAUCAUCAUCAUCUUUGGCUCUACAACCCAUAGUAGGCCUUGGCCUGUUCUAGGAUCAUCUAUUCCCACCUAUCCUUCGCCUUGAUUUUCCAAUUUCAUACUCGACACUCAUCUUCCAUCUGGUCUGCCCUGGGCCUGCUUCUUUUCCUCACUUUAUCCGGUCUUUAGUUAUCAAUGUGUUUUGAAGGCUUCAUGUCGUUCAUUUAGCAAUACUAUGUUCACUAUAAAGGCGGUAAAGCUCAAAAUUAUAGCGCCCAUGCCAUAAUCCGUACAUCCGCACGCCUGUCUGCGGAUUUUACGUUCAAAACAGCCUAAACGUUCUUCAUGGCUUUUUGUCAUCGUCCACGUUGCUGCUCAUGGCAUAUCAAUAUUUUCCUUCUUUUUGUGACUAUGUUUAAGGUUAAAAGUUUCUUUAGUCCAUAAUAUUACGCUCUCUUUGCUAGAUAUACGUCUGUUAAUUUCUGCAGUUACUGUAUUCUUUUGUUUGAUUUGUAAGCCUAGAUAUAUGAACUUUCUUGUUCGAAAGUAUAUGUUCUAACCGUUGGAUCUUCAGGUUUUGCUACUUGCUUAUUGCUUACUAUUUGUCCCCGUCAUAUACUUAGUCUUACUAGUAUUAACUUGUAGCCCUAUUCUUUUUGUUUCUGCUUCCAAGGCCGUGAACGAUUGGACGAGUUAUAUCUGUCUUCUUGCUAUGAUACCAUGUUAUGCGCAUACGCUAGCUCUAAUAGCUUUCUCUAGGCGCUUCUCUCAGAAGCUUCUCCUUGAAUUAUAUCAAGAUUUUUCUAUGGUGUUGGGGUGUUAACCCUGCGACCAAGGAACUGACAAUACCACUCAUGGGAAAGGUGAUGGUACAAUGGACCGUAAUGGAUUAUUGGCCAUACAAUAAAUAUUCUUUUCAAUUUAUUUAUUAUUUACAAUAGUAAUUGUUUUUACACAAAAUUAUAUAAAAGUUACUGAACACAAUAUAUUUUGUAUAUAUAAAAAAUCAUAUAAAAAGUGUCAUCGAAGAUGUUAAUAUUGUUUUAUUUAUUUCAAAUUGUGUUAUUUGAAUUUGUUAUCAGUAUUUAUAUACUUUAAUCAGUGAAAAUUGCUGCACUUAUUCUUUUUUGCUUCUUUACUUUUGAAUACAAAACCAGGCUUAUACCAAAAAAGUGUGAGUGCUUUCAUAUUUUAAUACAUUUUAUGUUAAUAUGA